UCCCAUUGGGAUAAGCAUCUCUGAGACCUACAAAGCUUCUUCCCUCUCAAUCCUUUCCGUCCGUCCUUCAAUGGCUUCUUCAACUCUCGUCCCCAUUUCCUUUCAUUUUGUACGCUCUUCUCCCUUUCAUCGUCUUCCAAUUCCUCAAUUGAAGCCUUUCUCCGGCGUCCACUCCGCCCUAUCCGUAGCCCCAAUUUCCUCCUCGAUUCUCUCUGCAACUCGUGUCAAAUCCUCAGACAUUGAUACUACCUUCUUUGAUACCUUCAAUCCCGAUGAAGAUUUUGUCUACGACCCUCCUGAAGUCCCGGAAGGCUUUGUCGCGCCUCCCUCCUUCGACGAGGGCCCAUUAGAAUCUGAGGACGAAAUUGCCGCCGCUUACGAGGAGCUCUAUGGCCCCGCUUACAGUGGAGUUAGUGUUCUGGGAAAUGAUAUUUAUGUAAUGGAUUCUAAGAUGAAGAAAUUGGGCGGAUUCGGCUCAAAGAUCAAGAAGGACAAGCUGCGGGAUGGGUUCGAAGAGCGGGUUGUGCAAGUUCGGAGGGUCACUAAAGUGGUUAAAGGUGGGAAACAGUUGCAUUUUAGGGCAAUUGUUGUUGUCGGUGAUAAAAAGGGGCAGGUCGGUGUUGGUGUUGGUAAAGCUAAGGAAGUCAUCUCCGCUGUCCAGAAAUCGGCGAUCAAUGCUCGCCGGAAUAUCGUCACUGUCCCCAUGACCAAGUACCUCACAUUCCCCCACAGGUCGGAGGGAGAUUAUGGAGCAGCAAAAGUAAUGCUGAGGCCUGCUUCUCCUGGUACUGGUGUGAUUGCUGGUGGAGCAGUGCGAAUCGUCCUCGAAAUGGCGGGUGUCGAGAAUGCGUUAGGGAAGCAAAUUGGAAGUAACAAUGCCCUCAACAACGCCAGAGCAACAGUGGUCGCCGUUCAGAAGAUGAAACAGUUUCGGGAGGUUGCACAGGAGCGAGGUAUCCCCAUGGAAGAGUUGUGGAAGUGAAGAGGAGGGAAAGUGUGAGUUCUUUGACAUAUAUUAGUAAAUCUAUUCUUGUAACCCAAUAUGUUGUAGAAAGGGCAAUGAGGUUCCCCCCCUAAAUUUGCACAUUAGUUUAUAUAGCCUUGAAUUAUAUUUGUUCGUUGCUUUCACUGCGAAGAAGGCUUUUAUAACAAAUUUAGAAUGUUGAAGAA